CAUAGUAGUAUCGUAGAUUUAUUACCCAAAUGUGAUAAGGCCGAAACCGCCCACAUUUGGUCUUCCUUGUAUUCUUAUGAACUUUUGUUGAGAAAGAUCAAAGAGGAAGAAAUGCGUGAGAAUCCCAAACUUACCAACGCCUUCAAAGCUUCAAAAGAAUCGUCUAGUGAAGAGUCUAGUGAAUCAAGUAAUGAUUCAAGUGACUCAAGCUCCUCGGAAGAGUCAAAUGACGAGGAAGAUGAAGAGAAGGCAAUGAGAAUGAAGUAUACGGAUUUCCUCAAAUGGAAGAAAUAUGUGAAGAGGAAAGAAGUAUAUUCAAAGCCGAAGAAAGAGCGGCAUAAGCCAAGUGAAGAGUCUAGUGAAUCAAGUAAUGAUUCAAGUGACUCAAGCUCCUCGGAAGAGUCAAAUGACGAGGAAGAUGAAGAGAAGGCAAUGAGAAUGAAGUAUACGGAUUUCCUCAAAUGGAAGAAAUAUGUGAAGAGGAAAGAAGUAUAUUCAAAGCCGAAGAAAGAGCGGCAUAAGCCAAGGUACAACAAGAAUCCAUUAAGAUUCGGAUUAUCUUCGGAGGACAAGAGAAAAUUAUCCAUGAACGCAAAGGCAAUCAAUAUUCUCCAUUGCUCUCUCGGCCCCGAUGAGUUUGCACGAGUAUGUUCAUGCAAAACGGCCAAAGAGGUAUGGGACUUGCUACAAGCUACUCAUGAAGGCGACAUCUCAACCAAGCAAACGAUGAUUGCCCUUGGGAACUCCGAAUACGAGUCCUUCAAAAAAGGGUCAAGUGAGACAAUCCAAGACAUGAACAAGAGGUUCAACGAGAUUGUCAAUAAGUUGAAAUGGCAUAGUAGUAUCGUAGAUUUAUUACCCAAAUGUGAUAAGGCCGAAACCGCCCACAUUUGGUCUUCCUUGUAUUCUCAUGAACUUUUGUUGAGAAAGAUCAAAGAGGAAGAAAUGCGUGAGAAUCCCAAACUUACCAACGCCUUCAAAGCUUCAAAAGAAUCGUCUAGUGAAGAGUCUAGUGAAUCAAGUAAUGAUUCAAGUGACUCAAGCUCCUCGGAAGAGUCAAAUGACGAGGAAGAUGAAGAGAAGGCAAUGAGAAUGAAGUAUACGGAUUUCCUCAAAUGGAAGAAAUAUGUGAAGAGGAAAGAAGUAUAUUCAAAGCCGAAGAAAGAGCGGCAUAAGCCAAGCAUCAAAAAGGGGGAGAUUGUUAGCCUUGGUUUGCUAAGCCUCAUGUUUUGAUGUUAACAAACAAUAUAAGAGCUUGACGUUUGUUUAAGUGUUUCAGGUACAACAAGAAUCCAUUAAGAUUCGGUACUCAAAAAUGAAGUUGAAACACCAAACUAGCAUAGAAUAUAGGUAGAAUCCAAUG